AUGAGCUACCUCCUUGACCAGCGCCCCUUUCCGUCUUACGACGACCUGGCCGAGGCCAACGCUAUGGUCGCCCGUCUUGAGCAACACGUGAAGCGCCAGCGCGAAUUGGAGGCCAGAGCCCAGGCCCUCGAGCGGCAGAUGGCCGACGUCGAGCGCGAGUAUGAUGGCCGAUACGAGCAGUUGCGCGAAUCCGUCGAGCGCUCCCGGACCACUUGGCGCGCCAAGUUCCGCGAGUUUGAGCAGCAGCACCUCGGAGGAGAAGCUGAUGUCGGCCAAGACGCCGUGGCCGCCGCGCCCGAGACCUCAAGCAGCAAGCCGGCCCGCAAGCUGAAGCCCCGCUCGCGCUCCAGGAAGCGCUCCGGCUUGCAGAAA